UUUCACAUUUUAAAAUCAGAUAAAUAUAGAAAGAGAAGAGAGAAGCAGAAGCAGAAACAGAAGAGAGAGAGGAGGGAGAAUUCCGACGGAAACCAGAGUCACCUAACUCUGUUCCACAAGCAACUUUUAUUCCUCUCCUGUAUUCGAGCUGUGUCUGUGAAGCCCUAGGCAUGGUGGCGUCUUCUUCAAUCGCUUCGCAACAACGCUUCUAAUACCUGUAAAUAGCCCUAGAGUCACCGUUCACUCGCCGUCAAAUGGCCGGUGAAUCGCCGUCUCUCGCGGCGUCUGUCUCUGGCUUCGUUUCGAUUUCGAUCCCGGAUCUCCCGGAACCCUACUUGAACAUUGAUCGAAGAACUAACAAUUGAAUCGACAAAAGUGAAAUCUUUUUGUACAUAUUCGAAUUUUUCCGGCACGAACAAGGUUUUAUAAUGGCCGCCGGAAAGGGAUGCUUCGAGAAGCUUCGGAGAUUCGUACGGACGGUGUAUUUCAUGGUGGCCAUGGUGGCGUCGCUUCUGAUUCUCUCGGCCCCUCUAUUGGUAGCGAUAGUUGAUAUAUUGGUGCCUUGUGUGUUGAUUUCGAGUUUCACAUGCGUGAGAUGUUACAGCUUCAAAGAACAUUUGCGUAGAUACGCUUUCAAGAGUUCGUUGACGGAUAUUCCCAUGGUUUCGGUCAUCAGAUCUAUUAUAAUCGCCUGUGUUUAUUCAAUGUGUGAUGGCCCUGCACUCUCACACGGGCCAUAUCUCGGAACUGUGACACUAUGUUCUUUCAUUUCAAUUCUUCUUCUUUCGAUCAAGGCUUGUGUUUUCACCGUCAAUUCUCAAAUUGAGGCUGAAGCUUCAUCUUCUCUCUCAAGGCAGAAGCUCCAUUUGAAGAAGUCAUGGGGAAUGCCUGUAUUGUUUCUCUCAUCUGUGGUUUUUGCCCUUGGCCAUACUGUGGUUGCUUAUAGAACAAGCUGUAGAGCACGGAGGAAACUCUUAUUUCACCGAGUUGACACAGAAGCAGUACUUUCCUGCAAAAUUGUUUUCUCUGGCUACCAGAAGGUUCCGCGAUCUCCUACUCCUUCUGUAGGAAAAACACCAAAAAGUGACAGUGAAAUGAGGCGAAGACCUGCAGGGACAGCUCGUGAAGAAGCGGAACUCCCAGUUACAUUACUUUCUGACAUAGACAGCUUAUUCAUCACUUUGAAAGGGCUUACUUUACACUACAAGCUUAGCAUGUCUGGUUCACCUUCUCGUUCCUUAUCCUCAACAGCCUUUCUUGACAGGCCAUCGUUAAAAGUUCUCUCAAAAACCCAACAUCAUCAUUCAAGGAGCUUUAGCAAUCAAUUCCACACCUCCUCUUUAUAUGUUCCCUUAUUAGAUGGUUCUCCAACUUCUCCUGUAAUGUCAGAAGAAAUUCCUGUUUUGAGCUUAAAUGAUGUAGGUGAUGAGGAUAAUGCAGGAAAAUUGAAAUCUGCAUCUUUAGAGCGAGAUUUAGAGGCAAAUGGCCGGUGUGGCAUUGUUUUAGUGCAUGGGUUUGGAGGGGGAGUUUUCUCAUGGAGGCAUGUGAUGGGUGUGCUGGCACGACAGGUGGGUUGCACGGUUGCUGCUUUCGAUCGGCCUGGUUGGGGAUUAACUUCGAGGCCACGACAGAAAGAUUGGGAGGAAAACCAGUUGCCCAAUCCUUACAAGCUUGAAACUCAGGUUGACCUGCUUCUUUCUUUCUGUUUGGAGAUGGGAUUUUCUUCGGUUAUCCUUGUUGGUCAUGAUGACGGAGGCCUGCUUGCCUUGAAGGCUGCACAAAGAAUCCAAGCAUCAACAGAUUCUGUCACUGUUGUAAUCAAGGGAGUGGUUUUGCUUAGUGUAAGCUUGUCAAGAGAAGUGGUUCCUGCCUUUGCUAGAAUACUUUUGCGUACUUUGCUUGGGAAGAAGCACUUGGUCCGUCCUCUACUUCGGACAGAAAUUACUCAAGUGGUUAACCGGCGUGCAUGGUAUGAUGCCGCCAAGCUAACAACAGAAGUUAUAAGCCUGUACAAGGCCCCAUUAUAUGUAGAUGGUUGGGAUGAAGCACUUCAUGAGAUCGGAAGAUUAUCUUUUGAGACUGUUCUCUCACCACAAAAUGCGGCAUCUUUGCUACAAGCAGUCGAGGGUUUGCCAGUUUUGAUUAUUGCAGGAGCUGAAGAUGCCCUUGUCCCUCUAAAAUCUGCUCAAGCUAUGGCUUCAAAACUUGUAAAUUCUAGACUGGUUGCAAUAUCUGGAUGUGGGCAUCUUCCACAUGAGGAGUGCCCGAAGGCAUUACUGGCAGCUAUAUCACCUUUUAUAAGCAGACUGUUGUUAAAACCAGAGUUGCAGGACCAAUAGUGUGCUUUGUUUUUAACUUUACAAAUAGAGUUUUAUCUGUUGUCCGGGGGCAUUUCCUCUUUUCUUUUUCUUUUUUCUUUUUAUCCUUUCCUUUUUUAUGAUUCGCCUGAAAAGAAAGAGUCCAAUGUCAUCUCUUCUCUUGGGUGUUUUUGAUAUGUUAGUUUGGGGCCUUAGAGUAACCCCAAAGCUCUGGGGUUUUAGAGCUCUCACAUGUAAUUUUUUUACUUUUUCCUAUUGCCAAGGUCUAUUUGAACAUUUCUUGUUAUUUUCCGCUCCAAGGAUGUGGAAAAUAACAUAUAUUUUUGUACAUUUUAUCAGAUUAGAAAUGCAUGCAUUGAAGCAUGGUUUGUUGCAUGUCUAUCAAUCGCGCCUCUUUUUUAUAGCAUAAUAGAUAAUUUGGGGUUAUAUGAUGAUAUGAUACCAAUUAUGGUUUUGAUUAUAGGAAGACCCCAGUGGUUUGAUCAAGGUUGGUGAUGGCGGCAGUGCUGUUAGCUACUAACAUUGAAUUCAAAUGAGACGAUGUGUGUAUUUUACACGAUGGUUUGGAUUUUAUAUCAGCUUUUGAAGUUUAAAAUCAAGAGAUGCAAGACAGAAUUGUUUAUAUGAACUAUCUGAAUGUAAAAUUAAAAGGAAAGAUGCAGUGUGAUAUAUAAAGAGAAUCCCAGCUGAACAAGUGAAGAAGAAUAAAUUGAGGGGUUGUUUUUUUUUUUUUUUUUUUUUUU